AAAAAAAAAAACCAUUAUUUAAAAAAAAAAAAAAAAAAAAAAAAAAAAAAAAAAAAAAAAAAAAAAAAAAAAAAAAAAAAGACACUGCUACUACCGCAGUUGAAGCUGAUUCCCGGGCGGCAUGAAUAGCAUGAACCAGAUAGAAACAAACAUGCAGUACACCUACAACUAUGAAGAAGAUGAGUACAUGACCCAAGAAGAAGAAUGGGACAGGGACCUGCUCCUGGACCCAGCAUGGGAGAAACAGCAAAGGAAGACGUUUACAGCCUGGUGCAAUUCCCACCUCAGGAAAGCAGGCACACAGAUUGAGAACAUUGAGGAGGACUUCAGAAAUGGCCUCAAACUGAUGCUCCUCUUGGAAGUUAUCUCAGGGGAAAGGCUACCAAAACCAGACAGAGGGAAGAUGCGCUUCCAUAAAAUUGCUAAUGUCAACAAAGCUCUGGAUUACAUUGCCAGCAAAGGAGUGAAACUUGUGUCAAUUGGUGCAGAAGAAAUUGUGGAUGGCAAUGUGAAAAUGACACUGGGUAUGAUCUGGACUAUCAUCCUUCGUUUUGCUAUUCAGGAUAUUUCAGUGGAAGAGACCUCUGCCAAAGAAGGGCUGCUGCUGUGGUGUCAAAGGAAAACUGCUCCUUACAGAAAUGUGAACAUUCAGAACUUCCAUCUUAGCUGGAAAGAUGGCCUUGGAUUAUGUGCACUUAUCCACAGACACCGACCUGAUCUUAUUGACUACUCCAAGCUAAAUAAGGAUGACCCCAUAGGAAAUAUUAACCUUGCCAUGGAAAUUGCUGAAAAGCAUUUGGAUAUCCCAAAGAUGCUGGAUGCAGAAGAUAUUGUGAACACUCCCAAACCUGAUGAGAGAGCUAUCAUGACAUAUGUGUCCUGCUUCUACCAUGCUUUUGCUGGAGCAGAGCAGGCUGAGACUGCAGCUAACCGGAUCUGUAAGGUGCUUGCUGUGAAUCAGGAAAAUGAGAGGUUGAUGGAAGAGUAUGAGAGACUAGCAAGUGAGCUUUUAGAAUGGAUUCGCCGGACAAUUCCUUGGCUGGAGAACAGGACCCCAGAGAAAACAAUGCAGGCUAUGCAGAAGAAAUUAGAGGAUUUCCGGGACUACCGCCGCAAACACAAACCUCCCAAAGUCCAGGAGAAAUGUCAGCUGGAGAUCAAUUUCAACACCCUGCAGACAAAGCUGAGGAUCAGCAAUCGGCCAGCUUUCAUGCCUUCAGAGGGGAAAAUGGUUUCAGAUAUUGCUGGUGCUUGGCAGAGACUUGAACAAGCUGAGAAAGGCUAUGAAGAGUGGCUGCUGAAUGAAAUAAGACGACUGGAAAGACUUGAACACUUGGCUGAGAAAUUUAGGCAGAAGGCUUCCACUCAUGAACAGUGGGCGUAUGGCAAAGAGCAGAGCUUGCUUCAGAAGGAUUAUGAGUCYGCCACUCUGACAGAAGUUCGUGCCAUGUUAAGGAAACAUGAAGCUUUUGAGAGCGAUUUGGCUGCUCACCAGGACAGGGUGGAACAGAUUGCUGCCAUUGCCCAGGAGCUGAAUGAACUGGACUACCAUGAUGCUGCAAGUGUCAAUGAUAGAUGUCAAAAGAUAUGUGACCAGUGGGACAGCCUGGGAACACUCACUCAGAAAAGGAGAGAGGCACUGGAGAGGACGGAGAAAUUGCUUGAAACAAUUGAUCAGCUUCACCUGGAGUUUGCCAAAAGAGCUGCUCCUUUCAACAACUGGAUGGAAGGUGCUAUGGAAGACCUACAGGACAUGUUUAUUGUUCAUAGCAUAGAGGAAAUUCAGAGUUUAAUCUCUGCACAUGAUCAAUUCAAAGCUACUUUGCCAGAGGCAGACGGUGAACGACAGGCCAUACUGUCAAUCCAGAAUGAAGUUGAAAAAGUCAUCCAGAGUUACAGCAUGCGAAUAAGUGCAACCAAUCCUUACAGCACUGUUACAGUCGAAGAGAUUCGUAACAAGUGGGAAAAGGUGAAGCAGCUGGUGCCUCAGAGGGAUCAAUCCUUGCAGGAGGAAUUAGCCCGCCAACAUGCCAACGAGCGCCUGCGCCGCCAGUUUGCUGCUCAGGCUAAUGUCAUUGGGCCAUGGAUCCAGACCAAGAUGGAGGAAAUUGCCCGCAGUUCUAUUGAAAUGACAGGGCCUUUGGAGGACCAGAUGAAUCAGCUGAAGCAAUAUGAGCACAAUAUAAUUAAUUAUAAACACAAUAUUGACAAACUGGAAGGAGAUCAUCAGCUUAUACAAGAAGCCCUGGUGUUUGACAACAAACACACCAACUACACCAUGGAGCACAUCCGUGUUGGAUGGGAGCUCCUACUUACCACCAUUGCUCGAACUAUCAAUGAGGUUGAGACUCAGAUCCUCACAAGAGAUGCCAAGGGUAUCACCCAAGAACAAAUGAAUGACUUCAGAGCAUCAUUCAAUCAUUUUGACAGGGAUGAAUCUGACAGUCUACAGUCUGAUGAAUUUAAAGCCUGCCUCAUCAGUCUAGGACAGGUUGGAAAUGACCUGCAGGGUGAAGCUGAGUUUGCUCGAAUCAUGUCUCUGGUUGACCCCAAUGGGCAAGGAACUGUCACUUUCCAGUCCUUCAUUGACUUCAUGACCAGAGAAACGGCAGACACAGACACGGCUGAGCAAGUGAUAGCUUCCUUCAGAAUCCUGGCUUCAGAUAAGCCUUAUAUCCUGGCAGAUGAGUUGCGUCGAGAGCUGCCUCCUGAGCAGGCUCAGUACUGCAUCAAGAGAAUGCCUCCGUACACCGGCCCAGGUUCUGUUCCUGGGGCUCUGGAUUACACUUCUUUUUCAUCAGCACUGUAUGGAGAGAGUGACCUCUGAUUCUGUAAUUGGCCAUCUUCAUGGUAGACACUAAAAAUACCCUUAUUGCCCAGAUUGCUUCUCAAAAGCUUUGACAAGCUGAUUUAAAAACAAGUUUUACAAAUACAGUAGGUACCGUCAGUGUAAAGUGCUAGUAACUGAAGUAAGCAGUGUAUAUUAAAGUGUGCAGCAUGCUAGAUACCUGCCUUAUUGGUUUUAGGUUGUCUGUCCUAUAAAAUGCUAGAAAAUGUAUUAAAAAAUUGCAAGAUAUUAACUUUGGAAAUAUACAUUAAGAAAAUAGAAUGUAAAACCUAAAAAGAUUGAAACUUGUGAACUAUUUCUCCAUCUUUGAAAUGUUUCAACACCAUAUGCACUUCAUUUACAAUGUCCAUAAAACUAUGUUAGAAGUCAUGCUUUUUUCUUUCAUACAACAACAUUACUUUCCUCUCAUGGUUUCUGAUUUUGUAUGCUUCUACUGGUGGAAUUUAACAAAAUAUUAAAAUGCAGUUUUUCAGGGAAGAAAUAUAACAACCACAUAAACUACUUAAUUACAAUAACAAUCCAGAAUGCUAUGCUUUUGUCACAAAGGGGGAAAUAUAAGGGGGGAAAGCUGAAAAGCUGAUUAAAGAGCAGGUUUAGAGUUCUGUAAGCAGUUCUUUUCUUUUAGGUCUUUAAAUUUUACAGCUAAGGGAGUACAAUCUUUAUAAUCAGAAAUAAUAAGGAAGCUAAUUUCAUGUGAACUGUUCUGUUUUGGAACCCUCAUUCUUGUCUAUGUUGGACAGUCUUUGCUUCUCAGUAUAAGAAUGCAUAAUUAUAUGUAUUAAUGGGCAACAUUCAUCUCUAUCCUGCAUAAAGCAAACUGCCAUCUGAGCAAAUGUAGUGUGGUUCUCUUGCAGCUUUAACUGUUCACUGCUCAAAAUUCAGUUUGUCUUGACUUCUCCUGUAUUGUGGGCAGUUCUGUCUGUACCCUGCUCCUGUGCGCUAGACGUUUACUGUUUUUUUUCCAUCUUGAGAAAUAACAGAGGAGUAAAAGCAGUAACUUUUUUUACUUGAAUCCUAACAACACUGAGGAAAUGCAAUGUAAUCAAACAAAACCAUUUACAAAUGGUGAAGCAAGCUGUGCAGCCCAGUGCUAUUAAAGCAAUGAUGUGCCUAUUAAAUAAA